AUGACGCUAGAUCUAUGGGACUUUGCAGGACAACAUCUUUAUUACGCUUCAUAUCCUGUGUUUUUGACGAAAAGAGCAAUUUAUCUGUUGGUCUACAAUUUGAACAAGCCACUUGAAGCGGAGGCACUACCCUCUUUUAAACGAGAAAAUUGCGAAGUUCGUCUAAGGAAUCCAAAUUCCGAGACAAAUUUAGACAACCUCAUGUCAUGGCUUGCUUCAGUAAGUACUAUGUGUUCACAACAAACGAAAGCUGGUAAAGAGGAAGAGAGGGAGCUCGAAUACCUGCGUCCUCCAGUAUUCAUUGUAGGAACACAUGCUGAUGAGCCAUAUAAAAGUAAUAUCAAGGACAUUGAAUCAGAGAUCCAGAAAGCGAUUUCAGGAAAAAGCUUUGCAAACCAUGUGAUUCGUCCUUUCUUCGCCAUUUCUAACAAGCCAGGUUCAGAUGAAAAGCAGCUCGUCGCUCUUAAGGACAAAAUAAUCGAGGUGAUAAAGCAGGAGCCAUACAUGGUAGAGGAGUUGCCACUUCGGUAAGUUUUGUCAUAAAAGAUCACUCCAAAGCAGUUUCGUCCUGUGUAAUAUCAUAUUUCCACGCUGUGAAUUUGUUUGCGAUGAUCUUGAAAGUUACAACCAAUUGCAAAACUACUGUGGCACUUCGACGAAAACCGGCCUUUUUACAUCAAAUAGCUGCUAGGUUCACAUCUCCGAAAAUAACACGUAGUCCCUCUCUCCCCUCCAUUCAAAGUCUUUCAUCCAAGUUUUCAGCAUUUUACAAGAGGAUCACAAGCACAAGAUCAUGCACAGGCCAAACGAGGUAGUGUGUCAAGUAUUUUUGCAAAUGGUCGUAGCUUCUUCAAAACACCAUUCCAGGUGCAACUUUAUGUUCAAUCUUGAUUUGCUAGGAUGUUACUAAGACGAGUAACGAAGAACUACUAACGAGCACGGAGAACGGGAAAAUUAAAACAAAAUGGCAACAAAGCAGAGAAUGGGUAAUCAAUUUACUGAUACAGCUAGGGUAGACGUUAAGUUUUGUUACCAUUUUUCAAGUCCCUUUACCCGUGCUCGUUCCGCUGUCCCCGUUGCUUGUUUUAGUUACAUCCGAUUUAAAAAACCUUUCUAUACAUAUGCGCCUUUUACCUUGUCUCAAACUUUCAUUCAGAAUGCUGUUCAAUUUAACGCUAAACCUAACUCACGGACUGGUUAAAAUGACGAUUUCGAGACUCAAGAAUAACCUCAGCGGAGAUAUUUCUGACGCUCCCACAUUCCUUGAGCCAUUCGUAUGCCUUUUUCGGUCAUAACUUCGUUUUUCCUGCAGGUGGUUCAAUUUUGAGAAGGUCAUUAAAAGCUUGGUUGCAGCGAACAUACAGUACUUGGGCCUAAAGGAUCUACGGACGAUUGUUCGGAAAGUAUGCUUCAUCGAAGACGAGAAGGAGAUGAACACCAUGCUGGAUUUUUAUCACGACCUUGGAAUCAUUGUUAAACACCGAAACACAGUUAUACUGCAGUCCCAAUGGCUAAUUGAUAUUUUCAGGAAACUUAUAACCAUCCGUCAUUUCAACGAUAUGGUAAUUAAAAAGUAAAACUUUUGGGAUAAAUGGGCUAAUUUUCUUAGGAUUUAUUAGUAUGAACAUUGUUGGGGGUUACAGAAAAAUCUAUGCAACAUCGCAGAAAUUUACCAACACACAGCUUAUCUCCAUAGGCGCACGGGCUAAGGGGGAGGGAGAAGGGGGCAAGAUUCCACACAAACGCUCCAUUAUUCGGGAAAACCUCACUCGGGAUAAGACUUAAAAACAAAAAGGAAAUCAAACAAAGAGUUUUAGUAUGAACACACUCAGUGAUCUUGGUAAUUUAAGCAAUCUGAUUAGUUUGUUAUCUCGGACUAUUCAAAAAUAUUCACCUCCUUGCGAGUGGAUAAUGUGUGAGCUCGGUUUUUUUCUUAAUUUUUAAAGAACGAUCUUUUAAAAGAACGAAACAACAAACCUUUUCGGCUAUAAACUUGGCGAGUCAACAGAAAACAACAAAGCUUUACUUCUUCUCAGGUAAGGAAACAAUUCAAACUUUUAACGGUUCCAUUUAAGCCAUUACGCUGUUGUUUGCGAAGUGAUAAGCUUGUAUGUGAAUUACCAUGUUUGAAAAUUCUACAAACUUUCGCUUGAUUUGAUCUGUCAAUCAAAUCAUACCCGCCUUUUUAAUGGUUUCCUCUCUGAUUUUGUUGAGAUCACUUCGUGUGUAUACACUAAAACAAUUAUUCUUUUCAAUCUCGGUGAAUAGUGGCUUUAGGAAUAUUUACCUCGAUUUCAAAGGAUAAUUGUUAAUGUAAUCACGACAGUCGUUUCUAAACGUCAGUCUAAAUGCGCACUUGUCAAAUCUAGAUGCGUAGUGUCGAUACCUGUUAUUCACUCUUCAUCCCAGUACCUUCAUUGAUUUCUGUCCGUGGCGUCCAUUGUGAGCUGGGAAUCUGAGAUCUCUAGAUACAUUUCAGCUUAAAGCGAUCAAUUCGAUACUGAAAACUUAUCUUCGUAGCACGAUGUGACAGAAUAGAUUGUGCUCGCUAACGUUCAUAUUGAGCACUCCUGUGAGUAGAAGUCAUUGUGAACAGAUCUGAAACGGACAACGCCAUGGGAGGGGUGAAUAGCCAAAGUAUGUUUCUAAUUUUACCAGAUCAAAUAGACUAUGUGAAGAAAUUAUUACUGUUUCAUUAAGCGUGAGAAUUUUAAACGUUUUUGUUUUUCACACGAUCUAAGUACUUUUGUAUCCCGUUUACAACACCAAGACGUUGGGGCAUUGAGUAAUUUCUUCGGGCAAGUUCGCCGACGCCGCUGUCCCUGAGCCAAAGUCCGAAGGUGCCCGUACGUCUAUGAGCUUACUUAAGGCUCUUCAAAAAACAAUAUUUCAAACGACAGAUGGAAAGGAGUUGUUUGAGGAGGCGCGCGAUCGUGUGUGGAAGCGUUUUAAAUUUAAGAACACCAGAUCUGCAUUUUUAUUUUUUUCUUGUAGUAACAUAUUCGUUCCAUUUUUGCAGAAAUCCAAACAUUCCCAACUGUGGAAAAAAAUGGAGAUAACCGGUGUUCUCUCGAUGGAACUCGUCGAUCACGUGUUUUCCAAAUUUUGUCAGCAAAGUUUUGCGAAAGAAAACAUCUUACACUUGAUGGAACAGUUUGGUUUGAUUGCCAAGUGUGCGUUGCCUAUAAAUGAUGUGAAGUACUUUGUUCCAGCCCAACUACGUUCACAACCUGGACGACUUUGCCAUUUAAAACCAGCCCUGACAGACCCAUGCCCGUUAUAUCUUCAGUUUCCAUCUGGAUUUGUUCCACACGGACUUUUUACGCAACUCGUAUCUCGUUGUACCAGAUGGUGUUCCAAAAGUGAAUUCAAGGAGGCGCCCAGACUCUUUGAUGGGGUAGCCAGGUUUACACUGGUAUCAAAGGAUUUUACUCACCAGCUAAUCUGUAUUCGCCAGAAAAGCUUCAUUAAGUUUGUUUUACGUCAUUUUCAAACGCAGCAGUGUCAAGAAGCUCCACUGACUGAAACUGAAGAAAUGGCCGCUCUCGUGUGGAGAUUUCUAAAACAGACAAUGACUUCUUUGUUGGAUGAGUGGCCCUACUUGACCAGUUUGGAAUAUCACUGGUGUGUCGAAUGUACCGACUGUUCUGAGGAACACGUCACGUGUGAUAGCCAUGGUAAAGUGGCAUGCAGGCACGAUGAUUGUUCGUGCCUUCUUAAAAUUCUACAAGACGGGCAAAUGAACAAUUGCCCAAAGAGCUUCGGCAAUAAAACCACGAAUGUUCCAGGUCUAGAAAAAUGGUUUCCCAUCAAAGGUGAGGAAAACCUGUAUGUAACCACUAGAAAUUUGCAUGUUUGCCUGACUUUCGUUGCACCAAAUACGUCGAUAUUUUUCGUUCAGGUCGUCUUAGCCAUGAAUAAUUUGUUUUGGUCAUAUAAAACUGUUUCCUAAAAGCAAGUACACAAUUAACGGUAGAGGCCCAAAAUGUGGAUGUCACAUAUUUUAAUAAGAAUGUUCGCCAUUGGUGCAUCAGUAAACAACACCCUAUAAUAUAUAUAUUUAACGAUAAACAAAUCGAUUUUGGAUGUGAGUCUGUAGCACAAGGAACAAAGUUACUCGAUUCUUGGUCAAUUUCUUGCUUAUCAGGCUUACCUAUCGGGAACUUUUUGUUGUAUAUGACACUGUCUUAAUUUGACAAGGGCAGUAACAACAGAUUAUUCCUUUUGCUGAUGCCUCAGUUACCACAGUUGUCCUUCCAAGACGCCGUUGUGAGAGUCGCACCCUCCCCCUUCUUCAAAGUCCAGAUACAAAGGCGAACGAGUGAUAAAAGGCGUUAAGUCGCAAUUGUAGAGGAAACGCUUGUAAUGACGCAAUCAAGAGUCUGAAAUUUUCCUACUUUUGUCGGAAGACAAACUUUAUUAAACUUGGCAAAAAAUCCCACCACAAGUUAUUCUGUUAGGUCAUGUUACCCUUCCGCGAAAACUCUGCAAUGAAAAGCAACAGGGAAAAUUAUAGUUAUACCCAAACAUUGUUUCACAGAAGGGUGUAAGGCAAAGGGCACAACGCCAGUUGUGACAAUGCCAGAGGAUGAACCCAGGUCCAGAACACAAGUCAACCACUAGGAAUCGUGCCCCGCUUCGUUCCCCUCAGGCUAAAUAUUCUUACUUUUCUGCCGAUUUAAGGCUGAAAGUAUUCCUGUAUUAUUCUUAGUUUAUAGCGUAUGAUAUUUCCCUUUUGGAGUAUUAUAAUUUUAAUACACAUUCUUUUUCAUGUAGAUGUUCGCCCAGGUCAUCAUCUUGGAAACGACUUUGUCUACAAAAUGACUGCUCUUCCAAGAGGGAUUGCACUGAUCAUUAACAACGAGUUGUUUGCAGAUGAUACUGAACAUGGCAGACAAACACCACGCCACGGCUCAGAAGAAGAUGUACGUCAAGUAAAAGAAAUGUUCAGCGCUCUGGGAUUUGAGGUACACAUUAGAGAGAAUCAUACAAAAACAGAGAUGUUGAACGAGGUGGACUUUUUUGCAUACGAAAAGGACCACAGUGACUACGAUUGUUUUGUGCUCUGGCUCAUGAGUCAUGGAAGGAGUGGCGAGGUGUUUGGCUCUGAUGGUGUUCCGUUGCCAAUCCAGACAAUAAAAGACAUGCUUUCCAACGCCAGCUGUGCAACACUAAGGGGAAAACCAAAGCUCCUUUUUGUCCAAGCAUUCAAAGGGGAUAAAGAGGACGGAGGGGUUAACGUCGUGACUAAUGCAUGUGGUUCGCCCCCUGUUCAAAUGCCUUCUCCCUGUCCUGAUUCGCCGAUUGAUGAAACGAAAAGUCCUUCACCGGAGAGGAUGGUUUGGCAAACAGAUUUCCUAACUGUGUACUCAACAGUUGAGGGAUACGUGUCAUACGGAUUUCCUAGCCUAGGAAGCAAUUUUGUUCGUGCAAUUGGGAAAGUUUUUCGAGAACAUGUUGCUCACGACCACCUCGUUAGCCUCCUGACCAAAGUAAUCAAAAGAGUCAGCGACAUGGAAUCAAUAGAAAACGCCCGCAAAUUUAAACAAGCACUUCAAUUUGAAACCACCCUUGUUAAAGAACUUUGGUUUUAAUUAUGACAAUGAGUGUGAGUGUGCUUUUUGCUUAUAGCUACUAACCCUCUUAAAAUCCUGUUGUUCUCAAACUGCAAGAGUUUUGCAGAGAAUUAUGCUAGAAAGAUGUAAAUCCCAACUGACUAGGGUAAAUAGAGGCCAUCAUUAUAACGGAUACACUUUUGUAAGGCGUUUUAAGCACUCUUAAGUAUAGUUCCUUUACAAAGGCCUGUUGCUGUGUUCUAAGUUGAUGACGUUUUCAAAAAAUCUGGAGCUAGCCCACUGCACAUUGGGAAAUUUAAAUAACGCAUUUUUUGAUUUAUUAUUGCCAUUUUUCUUAAAAUCCUUUCCAGGAAAAUAUGCCUACAUUUAGCAAAUUGAGCGAGUCGAAAUAAUCAGGGAU